AUGGCUCGCGGCAAGGCUCCAGCGCAGAACCAAGCAGCAGAUCCAGUGGCUCCCUCAUCCCCUCCCACUGGAAAGGACGUUCAAAACGCUAGGGAACAGAUUCGGAAAGCCCUAUCAGCAGCUGACAACAACGAGUACAAUCGACUGGUAACAGCAAUCGGCAAGAACAAGAACAAGGGCCCCGAGAUCUACGCUAGAAAUAGCAAAUCUCUGAGAGACUUUCUGGCCACACGGCUAAGGGCAAUCACGCCGCACAACGCGUAUGCAGUUAUAAGAGCUCAAGUAUAUACCGGAGCAGUCUUGCCAACCUUUGAGGAUAUGGAGCCACAGGAUGAUGACGGCGAGCUACAGAGGCGCCAGCCUAUCGAUGAAGCUGGCGUAUCUCCUGGGGCAAUGUCCAGCGACGAGUUUACCGAUCGAGACCCCGCUACUCCCCCUGUCCGAAUUGAUGAUCAGCAACAAGAGGAAGACGAUGACGAUUCCACGAUUCAAGUCUCCGAUGUACUCUCCAGUGAUGACGAGGAAGCCGCAACACCCGAGGAAGAGAUCGGAAUCUCCUUUGGAGAGUUCCAGCACUUUCCAAAGGGCACCGUAUCCAUGAUACCCAUCCGCGACACUGCAUCCUUCCCCGUAGGCCUUAUCGUCAAUUGGGAUGGCGCGAAGGUUGGCACUAUGCAUAUGCGUGCCACGGAUGCAAGCGUCGACGAGGUUCAGAUAACGCUCGCAGACUCCCCGCACAAGCUAGUCUCUGUCAAGGAUACGGAGGUACUGUUAUUCUUGCUAGGCAAGAACCCGCGACCGGGUGUUCUCGACGUCAGGGAGGGCUCUUUGGGCCCUGGAAAGAAACUCAAGCUGUCGCCGAUUCCGCACACGGAACCUUGGCUCGGCGGCCCCGAUUCGGAACUCAAGGUCUUCUAUGAAGUCGACGAGGACGACUAUGCUAGGGAUUCGGAGGAGUAA